AGGACGUGCUGUUUUUUCCCCACGUUAUAUGAUACGGACGUUUCGGACCUUUCGGAAUAUAUACGCAACAUAAGCCACGUGACUGCCCAAAUGACUGACCAUGAUGAUGUCACUGUUUGGAAGCGUGUGAUAAAUACGGUGGAUCCAGAGCAGCAUGGGCUUCAGGACAUUGCCCCGCUUGUACAGAGUGUGGAGGAGACUCCAGAGCCCAUCCCUGCCACCAUCAAAGGCACAAUACCUACAUGGAUCUGUGGAAAUUUUCUUCGCAAUGGGCCUGGAAAGUUUGAGUUCGGAAAUCAACACUUUAAUCACUGGUUUGAUGGGAUGGCCAUGAUGCACUGCUUUAAGAUUGCUGAUGGUCAGGUGACCUACAGAAGUUGCUUCCUGCGCAGUGACGCCUACAAGCAGAACAGUGAGAUGAAUCGAAUUGUGAUGUCUGAGUUUGGCACUCUUACUUUCCCUGACCCAUGCAAGAAUAUCUUCCAGCGCUUCCUAUCACGCUUUGAGAGGAUGAAGCCCACAGACAACGCUAAUGUGAACUUUGUGAAAUACAAAGGUGACUACUAUGUCAGCACAGAAACAAACUUUAUGCACAAAAUUGAUCCGGACACUCUAGAAACGAAAGAGAAGGUGGACUGGAGCAGCUUCAUUGCUGUUAAUGGUGCAACCGCCCACCCUCAUGUUGACACAGAUGGUACAGUCUACAACAUGGGCAACUCCUACGGCAGGAAAGGAGCUUUGUACAACAUUAUCAGCGUGCCUCCAAAGAAGGAAGACCCUGAUGAAACACUGCAUGGUGCAAAGGUGCUGUGUUCCAUUUCUCCUGCUGAAAAAAACAAGCCUUCCUAUUACCAUAGCUUUGCCAUGUCGGAGAACUAUGUGGUUUUCAUCGAACAGCCCAUAAAGAUGGACCUGCUUAAGAUAAUUACAUCAAAGAUGAGGGGGAAGAGCAUAAAUGACGGUAUCUAUUGGGACCCAAAAGUAGAGACUGUCUUCCAUGUUGUAAACAAACAUACUGGACAGGUGAGUCCAGUGAAGUACCACACCAAGGCUUUAUCCACCUUCCACCAGAUCAAUGCAUUUGAGGAGAAUGACUUCCUCAUAGUGGACAUGUGUUGCUCAGAUGAUGGCCAGGCCCUUCAGGUCUACUUUCUUCAGAACUUGCGCAAGUCAGGAGAAGCCCUGGAUGAGGUGUAUAACAGCUUACCCAGGGCAUUUCCUCGCCGCUUUGUUCUGCCUCUGUGCAUAACCAAUGACACUCCACUGAACCAGAACCUCAACACACGGCCCAACAGCUCUGCUUCUGCUGUCUGCCUCAGCAAAGAGAAGGUGUUCUGCAUGUCCGAAGAUCUGCAUGACGAUGAACUAUUGGAUUAUGGUGGUUUGGACUUCCCUCACAUUCACUACGACAGGUGCAACACCAAACCAUACCGCUAUUUCUAUGGCUGUGGCUUUGGACACCUGGUGGGAGAUUCAUUGAUCAAGAUGGACCUGGAGAGUAAAAAGCUGAAGGUGUGGUGUCAACCAGGCCUUUAUCCAUCUGAACCCGUGUUUGUUCCCUCACCUCAUGCAGAGGAAGAGGAUGAUGGAGCCAUCUUAUCUGUUGUCCUUACACCCACUGUGGAUAAAGGUAAAUUUAUGCUGGUUCUUGAUGCGAAGACGUUUGAGGAACUGGGAAGAGCUGAAGUGCCUGUUAACAUUCCGUACGGCUUCCACGGGACCUUUAACUCCUCAGUAUAAAAAUGCAGUGGCACAACAGGAAGGUUCAACUCUGGCCAAAUUGAUGACACUUCACUUAAAAGACAUAUUUUUUGCUAUUGGUUUGCUUACCACUGUAACACACUAAUGAAAUAAAUCUUUAAAUUAUUAUUAUUAUAUUACAGUAUAAUAUUUUUUAAUAAAUGACAUUAUAAUAGGAUUUUUAACAGAAAAACUAUUCAUCUGUAUGUAUAUAAUAUUGUUUUUUUGCACAGCUGCACUGUGAUGAUGUUCUGAAAAGAUUCAUAAAUUUAUGAUUCCAUAUUUAGCCACCUAAACAUAAAAAAAAAUAUUCAUAUUACUAACGCCUUAUUUCAUUUCCAUCAUUUUAGUAGAACUGUCAUAAAUAUAUAUUUGCUCUUUUUAAAGGAUAAUAUUUGUUGACUGUGCUUUGAAUGAUUUUUGGCAGUGGUCUCUAUCCACGGACAUGAGAACUCACUUAAAUGUUUUGAUGAUUAUUAAAAUGUUGUAAUUAAUAUGCUACUGAUUCCAACCCAGCUGACCUAAGGGAGAUUUGGGACUGAAAUAUUAGACAUCAAGACAUUUUACAAGUCUUGUGUGUGUCUUGUUGCAUGCUUUUACAUGUAUAAAGGUAAGAUAAAUGCAAUAUAAUGUUGGCUAUCAAUAUUACGUAAAUAAAAGCCCAAAUCUUAAUUGUAAUCAGUACACUGUUUGAUGAACUGGUGCUCAGUGCCAUCUGCUGGCAAUCCUGCAUCUGUAACGUCUUAAAAGUGGACAUCUAUAAUGCAAGAACAGAAAAUUGGCUGAAACA